AUGCAAAAUCCCACAAGUGACUGCAGUGAACUGCUGAGGAAGACAGCAGCCACCUUUUCAGAUGAUACACUGUUACAGCUGUUUCUUACAGUGCAGCAAAAUAAUGUGGCUCUGUCAAUUGAAUAUGCAAUCAAAAGAAUAACAGAGUUGUCUUUCCAGGUUGGAAGUUAUUCAAAGAAAAGAAAGAGUGGAGGAAGAUGGUUGAGAACAUACUGA